AUGCCAUCUCAACUUCCUUCUUUGUCCGAUGAUGUUUUACAACACAUUGGUAACACUCCUCUUGUUAAAUUGAACAAAAUUCCUCAAUCUUUGGGUAUCAAACCAAGAAUCUUAGUUAAAUGUGAAUAUUUUAACGCUGGUGGUUCUGUCAAGGACAGAAUUGCUAAAAGAAUGGUUGAAGAAGCCGAAAAAGACGGCAAAAUCAAGCCAGGUUUCACUUUGAUCGAGCCAACUUCUGGUAACACCGGUAUUGGUUUGGCUCUUUUGGGUGCCGUUAAAGGUUACAGAACCAUUAUCACUUUACCAGAGAAGAUGUCCAACGAAAAAGUGGCGGUGUUGAAAGCUCUUGGUGCCGAAAUUGUUAGAACCCCUACUGAAGCUGCCUGGGACUCUCCAGAAUCUCAUAUUGGUGUAGCAAAGAAAUUAAACAAGGAGAUCAAGGACUCUAUCAUUUUGGAUCAAUACGGAAACCCAAACAAUCCUUUAGCUCAUUACUACACUACUGGUUACGAAAUUUACCAACAAACUGAAGGUAAAAUUACUGCUUUGGUUGCCGGUGCCGGUACUGGUGGUACUGUGAGUGGUAUUGCUAAAUAUUUGAAGGAACAAGAUAAAAACAUUACUGUGGUUGGUGCUGAUCCUUUAGGUUCUAUUUUGGCCGUUCCGGAAUCUUUGAACAAAACUGACGUGACUGUUUACCAAGUUGAAGGUAUCGGUUAUGAUUUCAUCCCAGAUGCUUUGAGCAGAGAAUUAAUCGACAAAUGGUACAAGACUGAAGACAAAGAAUCCUUCUACUAUGCCAGAAGAUUGAUUAAGGAAGAAGGUUUAUUAGUUGGUGGCUCAUCUGGUUCUGCUUUGGCUGCUGCUGUUAGAUAUGCUAAAGACCAUCCGGAUUUGACUGAGAAUGAUACCAUUGUCGUUGUAUUGCCAGAUUCUAUUAGAUCUUACUUGACCAAGUUUGCUGAUGACGACUGGAUGAGAUUGAAUGGCUUCUUGGAUGAAAAAGAUGAAAAAGAUGAAUUUGACAAUAAGACCAUCAAGGAACUUUCAUUGAAGCCAGUUGUUUCCGUUUCUUUGAAUGAAAAAGUUUCCAAAGUCAUCAAGAUUUUGCAAACCAAUGGGUUUGAUCAAUUGCCAGUUUUGGAUGCUUCUAACAAGAAACUUUUGGGUUUGAUCACUUUGAGUAGUUUGUUGAAAAAUCUUUCUAAGAGGACCGUUACUUUGAAUGAUUCCAUUUCUUCCAUCUUCCUUGAUUUCAGAAGCUUGAAAGACUUUGACAAAUCUUAUGACAUCAAUAAGGAAUCUAAAUUCUCAAAGAGAAAGUUCCAAGCCAUCACUCUUGAUACUAAAUUGUCAAGUUUGAAUAAGUUCUUUGAAACUAACUCCGCUGCUAUUGUUACUGAUGACAAAUUAGUUCCAAUUCAUGUUGUUACUAAGGUUGAUUUGUUGUCUUACUUGAGUGGCCUUUGUAGUCUUUGA